AUGAUCAACGCACAGCUGCAUACGUUUGUGGACGCAUCCCAAGACGCAUACGGGUGUUGUAUUUUCCUGAGGACAGAAUAUGAAGACCGAACAGUGGCAGUACGACUGGUAGCAUCCAAGGGAAAAGUAGCCCAACUGAUAGCACUCAGCAUCCCUAGACUCGAGUUGAUGGCAGCCAUAGAGGGACUACGGCUAACGGUCACCGUAUCAUCAACACUAGAGAUAUCCAUCAAAGAAGUCGUAUUCUGGUCUGACAGCAUGAACGUCCUGUGGUGGAUCAGAGGAAGGAGCCGCAAGUUCAAGCCAUUCGUCGCAAAUCGAGUCGGAGAAAUACAGGGUAUAACAUCGCCAGAACAAUGGAGACACGUGCCGACAGAUGUCAACCCUGCCGAUCUAGUCUCUCGAGGAAUGGGAAUAAAAGAUCUACUAGCAUCCAAGAUAUGGUGGUCGGGACCUGCUUUUCUACAACAAGGAACAAGUGAAUGGCCUGAGAAUAAGGUGGACGACCGCAACAUAGCGAUAGUAGAACUAGAAGUGAAGAAGACAGAGAGAACGCACGUGACCACAAAUGAAGACACAUCUGAGCAGCCCAUCGAGGAAAAUAACGUUUUGAGACUGGAACCGUCACAUUUCUCUAGCUAG